GAGUGCAGUAUAAUAGUUUUAGUUGGAAAUGGAGCCCAAAAGAAUAUUGAGACAGACCCUGAUCUGUAUGUUGUUUCUUACAUGUAUUACCGGACUGCACGAAGAAAUACUAUCACAUGUUGGACCGUUUUUGAAAAUGGAUCAGGCUUUGGUUACUGUUCGUAACAUGUUACCAGAAGGAGUGGAUGUCUUCUACACUUCUGAUUACUGCUACAAGUGUCUCAACCAGCCCCUGGUCACGUUGAAAAGUGGCUACCAAAAUACAUCUGUUGUGGUUAGUACCCACUUUGUCCUGACUCUGCAGGUAGAAUCCCAAGAAACAAACACACCUCUCUGCAGGUGGAGUCAGCUGUAUGAAGAGGCAGGCCAUUACUCUGUCUGGGUCCAACAGUCCGAUUCCUCCAGUAACGCAACCUGCUCACACACUGUAGAUACAAGUCCACAAAAUGCCUACUUGCCUCUUGUGGUAUCAGCUCUUUUCCUAGCCCUCCUCUCUCUCUCCUGUGUGACUGCACCCUACUGCUACAGGAGACGCUGUACGACAAAGUUGAUCGAGCGUAUGUGCUUGAAAGGUCCACAAAACUCAGUGGAUUGUGGUGAAACACAGAAUGGUGGGGCUGAGGCAGAGGCUGCCAGACCCAAACAGAAACGUCUGCGCUCACUGGACACUUUCCGAGGAUUUUCCCUGACAGCCAUGGUGUUUGUCAACUAUGGAGGUGGAGGCUACUGGUUCUUUGAACAUGCACCAUGGAAUGGUCUGACUGUGGGAGAUAUUUUGAUGCCAUGGUUUGUGUUCAUCAUUGGGACAUCGGUGGUAUUGGCCUUUAGCUCCAUGCAGAGAAAAGGAGUCACCUGUGUUCAACUGCUGCGUAAGCUCACCUGGAGAACGGUGGUCCUCAUGAUGAUCGGUUUCUGUUUUAUAAACUACUCUCCAAAGGACGGACCAUUGUCUUGGUCCUGGCUGAGGGUUCCUGGAGUUCUGCAGCGUCUCAGCUUCACAUACUUUAUAUUGUCCCUUAUGGAAACGUUCUGGGGCCAGAGAGAAAUCCCAAUGAGGAAGAAUCCUUGGUGGAAACCUGUCCAGGAUGUGGUCUUGUAUUGGCCUCAGUGGGUCUUCAUUCUUCUCCUGGAGACUGUCUGGCUCUGUUUCACUUUCCUAUUGCCUGUUCCCAACUGCCCCAUAGGUUAUUUGGGUGCUGGUGGAAUUGGGGAUGAUGGCCUCUACCCCAACUGUACUGGAGGGGCAGCAGGAUAUAUUGACAAGUGGUUACUGGGACACAACAUCUACCGUUAUCCAACAUGCAGGGAAAUGUAUCGUACGACAGAGCCGUUUGAUCCAGAGGGGGUUCUGGGAACCAUCAACUCUGUAGUCCUGGGAUUUCUGGGCAUGCAAGCUGGAAAAAUUCUACUUUUCUACAAGAAAAUGAAUGUCAGCAUCCUUUCCCGAUUUCUAAUAUGGGCCAUCAUUCUGGGAAUCUCUACAGCCAUCCUUACUAAGUGCACGCGAGACGAAGGAUUUAUACCUGUCAAUAAAAACCUUUGGUCUCUGUCCUUUGUGACAUGCACAGGCUGUUUCUCCUUCCUCCUGCUGGGAGCCAUGUACUUUAUAAUGGACAUCAAGGGUUGGUGGGGUGGCCAGCCUUUCAUAUACCCAGGGAUGAACUCCAUAUUUGUGUAUGUGGGCCACUCCCUCCUGGGUUCCUAUUUCCCUUUCAGCUGGGAGAUGCGUUUCCAGCAGAGUCACUGGGAGCGCCUGUUCCAGGGCCUGUGGGGCACAUCUCUCUGGAUCCUUGUCGCAUACCUGCUGUACAGGAAGAGAUUCUUCCUCAAAAUCUGAUUGCUUGACUGACUCCACUCUGUACAUGCCUUGUUUGGUCUUGUUAUCUGCCAUCUAUGUCAGACCUCAAGAGAUGUAUGCUCUUUGUUGUUGAACAGCCCUGUAUAGUGAACAUUUAUAAAAUUUGUCAAAAA